AUGCUGCGCUACUUGAAGUAUGCCGCUGCAGGCUUGGCCGCUGCGACUCUGGUCUCAGGCCAAACGUACACCAACUGCAACCCAAUGAAAAAAACUUGCCCGGCCGAUGCUAGUACCACCGAGUCUCACCACAGCUUCGACUUCACCCAGAGCUCGGGAUUGAAUCAGUGGACAACCACUGCCGGCACCGUCAAGACAGGUCCAAACGGAGCCGAGUUCACCGUCAGCAAAGAAUUCGAUGCUCCCACCAUCCAGACCGACUUCUACAUCUUCUUCGGUGAAGUGUCGGUUACCAUGAAAGCGGCCCCUGGUACUGGCAUUGUCAGCAGUAUCGUGCUUGAGUCAGAUGAUCUCGACGAGGUUGACUGGGAAGCCGUUGGAGGCGACACCACCCAAGUCGAAUCCAACUACUUUGGAAAGGGAGAUACCUCGACCUAUGACCGCGCAAUCUGGCAUCCUGUCUCGGUCCCACAGGAUGCCUUCCACACCUACAAAGUUGUCUGGACCAAAGAAUCCAUUAUCUGGUCCGUUGAUGGGAAAAACCUCCGCACUCUCUCCUACAACGACGCGAAAUCCGGCACCAGAUUCCCCCAGACCCCCAUGAACGUUCGCAUCGGGAUCUGGGCCGGCGGUGACUCAUCCAAUGCGCCCGGCACCAUUGAAUGGGCCGGCGGCAAGACUGAUUACAGCAAAGGUCCCUUCACCAUGUACAUCAAGGACGUUACUAUCGUCAACUACAACCCGGCGGACUCUUACACCUGGGCUGACCAGACCGGCUCUUACGAGAGCAUCAAGCUCACGGGUCCUAUUAACUCGACUUCGUCGGCGUCGACUUUGUCCACUUCAUCCACUUCUGAGACUGCCUCGAUUGCUUCGACUGCCUCGAUUGUCUCGACUGCCUCCGCCACUUUGAAGACCUCUUCCGCUGCUACUUCGGGAAGUCACAUCGCUGCUGCCAGCACUGCCACGCCGUCUAGCGCUGCCGUCGGCCCCAGCUCCAGCGCCGGCGCCGGCGCCGGCUCUGGCUCGGCUUCUUCUAGCUCCACUUCCCCCUCCGCCUCUCCGGCCUUUAACGCGGCUUCAAACUUGAGCGCUGGCAGCUUGAGUAUCUUGUCUCUCUUGGCCGCCCUCUCUGGGUUCCUUUUCGUGUAG